CCAGGUUGAGCCCCACCCAAUCCCAAUCGCCAUCUCCAUCUCCAUCUCCUUCCUUUAUUUUACGUUUCUUUCUCAUCAUUUGCUAUUCCUUUCUCUUUUAUCAUUACAUAAUCACAAUCUUGUUUGUACUUUGCUAUGGCUGACAGCAAAUCCCAUGCUUUUCUUUUAACUGGGAAGAAGAGACCCAGCCAGGAUGACUUUGAGGGGGACGACAUUUUUCUUGCCAAGAAAUCUUCGCACUUGUCUUCUGACGUCCCCUACAGUGAUGAUCCCCUUGCUGCAUUAGCAGCCACACGCCAUGAGUUCGGUGAACAUGGAGGCGUUAACAUGUCUAUCGAGGCCUCCGCCACCUUCACUGUCAUGGAGCCUGAGACUAUGGGCCGCAUGUUCUCUGGCGAGCUCGGCCCUGAUCGGGAUUUCUUCAUCUAUAGUCGUCACUUUAACCCCACUGUUUUGAAUCUUGGCCGCCAGAUGGCUGCUCUCGAAGGAACAGAGGCCGCUUAUUGCACUGCUAGUGGUAUGUCUGCCAUAUCUUCGGUGUUAUUACAACUUUGCAGCAAUGGAGGACACGUGGUUGCUCCGAGGAAUCUAUAUGGUGGGACUCACGCACUAUUGAGCCAUUUCUUACCAAGGACAUGCAACAUAACGACAACGUUCGUUGAAAUUGGAGAUAUAGAUAUGGUGAAAAAUGCCAUAAUUGAAGGCAAGACCAAGGUGUUAUACUUUGAGUCCAUGUCGAACCCUACUCUCAUCGUAGCUAACAUACCUGAACUCAGCAGAAUAGCCCAUAAAAAAGGUGUCGUGGUGGUUGUGGACAACACAUUUGCACCCGUGGUUCUGUCUCCAGCACGUUUAGGGGCUGAUGUGGUUGUGCAUAGUAUUUCCAAGUUUAUCAGUGGUGGAGCUGAUAUAAUUGCAGGUGCUGUUUGUGGGCCGGCCAACCUUGUGAACUCUAUGAUGGACCUUCAUCAAGGGACUUUGAUGCUUCUUGGACCUACAAUGAAUGCCAAGGUGGCUUUUGAGUUAUCAGGGAGGAUUCCUCAUUUGGGUCUCAGAAUGAAGGAACAUUGCCACCGAGCAAUGGAAUUUGCAACCAGAAUGAAGAAACUAGGCCUCAAAGUCAUAUAUCCAGGUCUUGAAGAGCACCCGCAGCAUGAGCUCCUGAAAUCUAUGGCUAAUAAGGAAUAUGGGUUUGGUGCACUUCUCUGCCUUGACAUGGAGAAGGAGGAAAGGGCUAACAAGUUGAUGCACCACCUGCAGAACUUCACCCAAUUUGGAUUCAUGGCAGUGAGCUUGGGUUAUUAUGAGACUUUAAUGUCAGUCUCUGGUAGUAGUACCAGUAGCGAAAUGAGUGCAAAAGAAAAAGAGUUAGCAGGAAUCUCACCUGGCCUCAUCAGGAUGUCUGUUGGGUACAUAGGUAAUUUGGAGCAGAAAUGGAGCCAGUUUGAGAAGGCACUUUCAAGAAUGCAAGACUCGAUCUUCACCAACAAGAAUUCAGUAUCUUCUAUUUUGAAAUAGCCUUCCCUAAUCCUGCAUUCUACAAUUAUAAAUCAAUGAUCUUUGUUAAAUAUGCAUGUACGGUGUCAAACUUGGAAUAAUUAAAACAUGAUGUAUUUAGAAAA